AUGGGCAUCAUAUUCUAUUUAUACGAGUAUACUAUUUUGAAUGUACGAAUUAUUAAUUUAAGCGUUUGCAUAACCCUCAACGUUCCUUAUCAUUCUUUAUUUUUUAUAGAUGCUGAAUGUGCUUAUGGAGAGACGAAACAUAUAGAUUGUAAUUCUUGUUCUUGUACAAAAAAUGGUUAUUGGGCUUGUACAAGAAUGGCUUGUAUCAGCGGCGGUCUUAAUGAUGCUUCUUCUGGUGAGUAUCAAUACAUAUUCUAUUUAUACGAGUAUACUAUUUUGAAUGUACGAAUUAUUAAUUUAAGCGUUUGCAUAACCCUCAACGUUCCUUAUCAUUCUUUAUUUUUUAUAGAUGCUGAAUGUGCUUAUGGAGAGACGAAACAUAUAGAUUGUAAUUCUUGUUCUUGUACAAAAAAUGGUUAUUGGGCUUGUACAAGAAUGGCUUGUAUCAGCGGCGGUCUUAAUGAUGCUUCUUCUGGUGAGUAUCAAUACUAUCUAUAACCAAUAACUUCUCUAACGCAUAUUUAAAAAUGCACCCUUCGUAUACAAAACGCUUGAUUUUGGAACCUCGAUUAUUACUUAUAGUUGUAUUAAUACGAAGGCGUAGAAGGGCCAAACACAAUUUUUUUAUUAAUGUUCGACUUGUAAUCCGAAAUUUCGAGUUGAGUAUUUAUUUACCCUUCAGUAUACGAAGAUAGCCUAUCUCGGCCAGAAUCAAUAGUAUCGUAAAAUUAUGAUUCGGGCUGAUGAAUCGUGGUCUAAAUAAACUGUCCAGAUGUUUCGUUGACAAUUGUGACUGAAAUCUUCAGCGCUCAUGUUAUCAAUACAAUAACACUGAAGAUAUCUUAACCCGAUCAGUCAUCUGGACCCAACUAUACAAAGAUUACAUUAGGUUGCGAUUCAAUAAGCAUUUAGAGUUACAAGUUGAAAUUUCGAGUUGCAAGUCGAAAUUUUGAGUUACAAGUCGAAAUUAAAAAAAAAUACAACGUGUAA